AUGGCUUCCGGUAGAUUCCCUAGCAGCGCGGAUUUCCGUUCGUACUUUUGCCACCGAUGCCGCCACAAUGUGCCUCUCUUCUCCUCCGUCGCCGGCGACCUCGCCUGCCCCUUCUGCCGUGGCGGAUUCCUCGAGGAGUCCCAUACCCCUCCGCUCGCCCCUCCUUUUAGCACUCCGGAUCCCUUCUUACCUCUCGCUUCCGGCGACAACCCCUUCCUCGGCCCCCCCUCUCCGCUCCCCUUCCUUGUGUCCUCUUCCGACAGCUUCGAGCUCCGCAGGCCGAUGGAGCUCGCCGACGCUCUCAGCCCGGUCUCUCCCGGUCAUUCUCCCUUCAGCCCCUUGCUCUUCCUCCAGGAUGCCGUCCUCGACGGCGGCGGCGGCGACGGAGGAAACACAACAGGGGACUACUUCAUGGACCUCGACCUCGAGAAUCUGAUUCAGCAGCUCGCGGAGAACGAUCCCAAUCGCUACGGCUCGCCGCCCGCCGCUAAAUCCGCCAUUGAAGCCCUGCCGGACAUCAAGGUCUCGCCUGAACCGGUUGGCUCCGAGGAAUCCCAGUGCGCCGUGUGCUGGGACGCCUUCGAGGCCGGCGGUGUGGCAAAGCAGAUGCCCUGCAAGCACAUCUACCACAAAGAUUGCAUCUUUCCGUGGCUUGCACUGCACAAUUCCUGCCCGGUGUGCCGGUUUCAGCUCCCGGCAAUGGAGGAAAAUUCUACUGCGUCUGCGACCGGCGAUUCUGUGGGAUCGAGGAGAUCACAAAGGAACUUUAGCAGCUCAAUUCCAUGGCGAUUUACACCUCACGAGGUGCACAAUUUAGGUAGCAAUUCUGACAACAACAAUGGCGCUAACAACACUGAUGCAAAUUCUGGUCACUGAAACCAGAAAUCAGAGACUUAACCGAAGAAAGAUAGAAACAAGUUCAUUAACUAGUUUGUCUCUCGAUCUGUAAUGCUUUAUAGAUUACAGUGUAAUUAGGCGAUGGAUUUGCUUUUCGAUUUGUACUAUGAAUUCCCCUGUUGGCAUCAUGUAAAUAAAGAUUAUGUUGUGUUCAUUGGAUUGAUGUUCAUUGAGGCAAUUAUGACAGCGAAGAGACAAAAACAAGUUCAGUUAGUUUUGUACAAGACAGGAAGAACAGAGACAGUUCAGAUCAAUCCUCCUUCCCCUGCUGAAUCCAGCAGGAGUCAUCUCCGGUUCGACCACAUCGUCCUCAGUUGACUCUGUAUCCUCUUCCUUGAUCGUUUCCAGCACCUUGGGCACCUUUAGCUUCUCCACCUGGACGAUCUCCGGCGGCGCGACCUCCAUCGCAAAGUGGAACCAGUAGC